GAGCUCCCCCGCUCUCACGCAAUCUUUCCUACUUUAAAUUCCCACCGUCACCACCAGGCGCCUGCUUCAUCUUCUCCCCGCUCUCUUCAUUUCCAUACUCUCUCCAAGCUGCCACUGCAAAUCCCCAUUUCCCACCAAUGGCUUCUCACUUGGGCACCAUCGCCCUCCUCCCCAUUUCCCAGAGGAGCUGUCAAUCUUUUUUGCCGGCAAAAGAGCUACUGGAGCCCGCGCGAUCGACCGGACGAAGAAGCGGCACACGCAGAAGGAGCUUGAAGAUCAGGGUUUCAUAUAGCGGGGAAUCGUAUCUGAGCAUGUGGAAGAAGGCGGUGGAACGCGAAAGGAAGGAAAUGGAGUUUCAGAGGAUAUCGGAGAGCUCGCGAAGCGUGGGUGAUGAGGGGAAGGAGAAGGAGGGGAAGGAGGAGGGGGAAGAGGAGGAGGAGGAGAGCGCGGAGGAUAUGGAGAGGAAGAGCAACGAAUUCAGGAAGAUUCUGGAAGUUUCUAGGGAGGAGAGAGACCGGAUUCAGCGAAUGCAGGUGAUCGAUCGGGCAGCGGCGGCGAUUGCGGCCGCUCGUGCGGUGCUUAGCGAGGGUAAUUCUUUGCCCAAAGGGGAUUCGGGUGAUUCCGGCUCGCCGGGGAAUGAGGAUUCCAAGAGCGAGAGCAGGGAAGAGGACGGGACUCAGCAGGGAGGAAGGCAGGGUGAGAGCUUUUCUGUACCUAAUUUUGGAACUUCUGGAAGUGGAACACCAGGUCCAGACUUUUGGUCAUGGACACCUCCUCCAGGUGAUGAGAGAAAAUCAGAGACAGUGGGAAAAACUUCUUCAGACCCAGUUAUGAAUGGUUCAGUUAUAGAGAAAGAGCGGUCUGUAGAUUUUCUAUCCUUACCACUUGAGAGUGUACUUUCAGACCCCAAACCCCCUCUACCACCUCUUCAAUCAUUGAUGGAUGUAGAAAAAGUUGAAGUCUCAAAUUCCCAUCUGGAAGCACCUUCCGUGGAAGAGGAACACAAACUUGGUGUUCUGUUUUCAGCGCAUGCAAUAGAAGCAGCUGAUGCUCUUGAUAAUGUGGAUGAAGCAUCAUCUAAUGGAGUGAAUCCAGAUGGAUCGAGGUGGUGGAAGGAGACAGGAAUUGAGAGACGACCUGAUGGCGUCAUUUGCAAAUGGACAUUGAUGAGGGGUGUCAGUGCUGACAAAGCCAUUGAGUGGGAAGAGAAGUUUUGGGAGGCUGCUGACCAGUUCGAUUAUAAGGAACUUGGUUCUGAGAAAUCAGGACGUGAUGCAGCAGGAAAUGUCUGGCGUGAGUAUUGGAGGGAAUCAAUGAGGCAGGAGGGAGAAUUCAUGCAUCUUGAGAAAACUGCAGAUAAGUGGGGUAAGAAUGGAAAGGGUGAUGAGUGGCAAGAGAAGUGGUGGGAACAUUAUGAUUCCUCUGGACAAGCAGAGAAAUGGGCACACAAGUCGUGCAGUAUUGACCCGAACACACAAGUUGAGGAUGGUCAUGCUCAUGUUUGGCAUGAAAGGUGGGGUGAGAAGUAUAAUGGACAUGGUGGUAGCACGAAAUACACAGAUAAAUGGGCUGAACGGUUUGAGGGUGAUGGCUGGACGAAAUGGGGUGACAAAUGGGAUGAGAACUUUGAUUCCAAUGGUCAUGGUGUCAAGCAGGGGGAGACAUGGUGGCAAGGCAAGAAGGGAGAGCAGUGGAAUCGCACCUGGGGCGAGGGCCACAAUGGUUCUGGAUGGGUGCACAAGUAUGGGAAGAGCAGCAGUGGGGAGCACUGGGACACCCAUGUGGAACAAGAUACAUGGUAUCAGAGAUUCCCACACUAUGGCUUUUUCCACUGUUUUGAAAAUUCAGUCCAGCUCAGGGAAGUUCAGAGGCCAUUGGAGACAUCAUGAAACACUUUGUCGUGUUGUUUUCAUUCCUUUGUUGGUUUGGACAUGUUGAGAUAUAUCAUAGGCAGUUGCAGGCAGAGAAAACAAGCGUUGUACCACAAAACUUACGUAUAUCUUCUUGUGAAUAAUCUUGAUUUCCAUGCCAAUAAUAUUAUUAUAUUUCUUCCAUGUAAUCUCCUCGUUCAGUGUAAUACUGAUGUGUUUGUAACAAAGAAGUUUAAUAAUAGUUUCUUUUGUUCCUAGA